AUGCAUUGCUACGAGCGGGUCCUGCUUGUAUUUUGGGAAAUCAAUCGACAGCCAGCUGGGAAGCGUUCCCCACUGUGCGUGCGUGACGGGUGGGGGUUUGCAGACAAAUGGGAAUACAAGUCUGGUGCACCCAAGGCGGAGUUUCAGCUAGCCAACUCCACACUCAACCCACACACACACACACACACACACACACCUUCUGUUCUCAGUAAGCAAUCUACCGCAUCUUCAGAGGUCGAACAAACCGAUAUUGAAAUCAUGCUGCGGCUGAACACUUCCGGAUCUCGAGCCCUGCUUCCUUCGCGUUGCACGGAGCUAAAGCUUUCUGGCACCCAGGACCGGUUAAGGCCCCCAACAGGAUUGUGGUUCACGGGAUCGAGCAGCUACUGGCCGUUUGGACACGCACUCAACUCCAUAUACGAACUAGCACCUCCAAUCCUAAUCGCAACUCCAUCAGUGAAGAAAUCUUGCAAGAUGCGGAACAAUGCACUCCAGGCUCGACAAACAAUGGCUACCUCGACUUCAUCAUCAGUCGUUCAGCCUACCAUAACUUUAGCCCUCUCAACGACCUUUACUCCAGCUGCAUCGUGUUCAUCAAACAAGCUUACCUUACUCCCACCUCCAGGAUUCUUCAUAUGGGCUAAUGAGCCAGUCCCACAUGGCAACACAACGGUCACCAACUGCUAUCCACCAGAAUUUCUCGAAAGCUAUACUUCCACCACUUCCAAAGAAUUCGGCUCCUCCAUCGUCCCGGUGAUGAGCCCAUUGGUGUGUCCGGCAAACUUCUGCACAGUACGCGGGACAAACGACAAUUACAUCGCCUGCUGUCCUAGUGGGUACAGUUUCGCGGAUCCUGCGACGCCCUCGAUUCGCGACCGUCCAUACUAUGGGGGAACAUGCUAUAGCAAUUUUGUCUUGUCGCAAACAGUCACAGUCACCAGAUACGACGAGGAAGGCCGAACGCACGUGGAGCCGUGGGUGGAGACAACGACGACGGACCAAGCAUUUGCACAUCCCAUUGAUGGAUUUGCUCCCACAUUUCCGACGCUUGGAUGUCCUGGCGAUGCUACUUCAUCGAUGAGCGGCUCCAAUUCGACAGCGGUGCCUUCCUCCUCUGGUGGGCCCAACCCUGCUACAGGGAGCGACUCGUCCAGGGAUUCGAGCAAAAUGUCUUCUGGUGCAAUCGCAGGGGCAGUUGUAGGCUCCAUUGCCGGUCUGAUCGCUAUUAUCGCAAUCGUGGUUCUCCUUCUUCAACGCCGCCGAAAACAACAGCAAUCGGAGCACACGCAGGAAGCAUAUCAAUUUGCGGACGACGUUUCCAAACACCACUAUGAAAAGGAUUCACAAGCGGCUGUUGCUGAAAUCGGAGACUCAUCACGUACCUAUGAAUUAGAAUCUCCACCAGCACAGACGGACUCGGAACCUGUAUACGAAAUGCCUUCGGACAGGCCUUCUCAGGGACCAGGACCGAACUCAUCUGCGCAAGACAAAAGCCAGUGA